AUGGCUGCAACCUCUGAUCAAUCCUCUGCCACUUUAGAAAAGAACACCAUCAACAACAAAGUGGCAAUAUCAAUGAAGGAGAAGGAUAUUGUAAAACCUCAACCUUCAAACUCCAAAACCUCAACCUUCAAGCUCUCUGAGGAUGCUUCCGUUCGCGGGUCGAAGUUGCAACAACAUAAUUUUAUCAACCCUACAAGGAACAUGAUGGUGGGUUCAUCUUCAUCGAGUUUGGCUAAUAACAACUUUAACAAUGAAAAAAAUAUUAAGAAAGAGUCUUCAAACAAUUUUUCAUGCAAUUUUUGUGGAAGACGAUUUUCUACUCCGCAAGCUUUAGGAGGACAUCAAAACGCUCACAAAAAAGAGCGCGCUUUCGCAAAACAUCGUCAAGAGGUAAACAUUGAUUUUGGAAUUCCUCGUUAUCCUUUUCCUUACUAUACUAAUUAUCCUAGUCUUUCUACGACUCCUUAUCAUGGAUUUGGAUCAUAUAAUAGAGAACUUGGAAUUAAUAUGGGGUCUAUGAUUCACAAGCCAAGGACAAAUUAUUCAUGGACCUUACCUCUUUUUAAGUCAUGUUCUACUUCUGUGUGGACACCAAAGCAAGAGAUGAGAAACUCUUUUUCUAUUGAUGGAUUGAAUAAUGAGAGUUUUACGGAAAAUAAUGGAAAUAAUGUCACUCCAACUUUGAGAAAUAUGUUAAAUUUAGAAGAUGGUGUUGGGGAGUCUUCUAUAACAAUUGCAGCAAAGUCAAAUUCAGCAGAAAAAGUUUCAAUUGGCGAUAAUCAUCACAUUAACAUGGAAGAAGUUUCUGAUUCUAAAUCUUUUGAGCUUGAUUUGUCACUUAAGCUUUAA